CUGUGUGGAGCUAUAAAAAGAUCCAGUAUUUGUGAUUGACUCUGCUGGGCCUGGGUGCACCCAGAAGGUGCCUCCUUCCACCAGCAUCAAGCCCAUGGGACAGCUGAGCAAAAAGCGCAAGUCACUUGGAGACUCGGGCUACCUCUGCCUACAAGCUUUCUGCUGGGGUCAGUCACUAAAAGAGCUCCUGUUGGUAUGUGAGUUGCAUGAGGAUAAAGUUAUUUCAGAAACACAUACCCGGACAGCAAAGACAUCUGAAAAUCAAAACAAGCUAAUUCAUCUUGCAACCUUGCAUCUGGAAAAAAUGACUCAAGAAUCACAAAUAAAUAGGGCAUGUGACAAAGAGGAUAGAUCUGCAUAUUCAGGACACUCUUCUGUGCAAAAGGAUGAGGAAAUGUGCAUCAAACAAGGCACGUUAGAGCAGAGGAAGAACUUACAACUUUCCAAAGAUGAGUCAAAGCAGAAGUCACAUGAAUUUUCUGGAAAACUAAAAAUGACUGGAUGCCCUGAGGAAGAGCCACCAUGUGAUAACUCUAAAGGAGGAGCAAGAUUCAGACAAAUGCCUUCUAAUUUGACACGUAAAAUGCUUGAUUGUGAGGGAAAAGAUGCGUUUGGAAAGUCUAUCUCUGCAGCAUUACAAACAUUUCCUGAACGAGAAGAAACCACUCUCAAAAUUGUUUCUCCAUCUCAUGCAGACCCUGGGUCCCCUGAAGACUCUUCCUGGUCCUCCUCUUUUGAGCUUUCUUUAAGAGAAAAGGAAUUACAUUCUGAAAAUGAUCACAAACCUGAUGCUGAACACGUUUUAAACAAAAAUGAAGAGAGUUUUUAUAAUGACACAGAAAGUGAAAAAGUAAGGACCUCAGUAGUUAAGUCUGAAGUGAGAGAAGACCAAGAGUUUGCUAUGCAGAUGACAAAAAAUAUGAACCCAAAUACCACAGAUUGGAAAUUAGGCAUGGGACCUACACCUCAGUCUAGUGAUCCGAAAAGCCAUUUUGAUUUGUGCCUUGUCCGCUGCAAUGAAACACAACCCAUGAUUGAAAUAAAAAAGCACGAUAUGCCUGCUGUUACAAAUACUUAUAAGGAAACAAAGCCAAAUCAAGACUUGUUCCAGAAGCCAUUGUGUGCAGAUCAUUGCAGUGCUAAUUAUUGUAAAAGCUUGGACUCUAAAUUAAAAGAUGACCAUUCCUCUGCACUGCACAAUGACACAACACCUGGAGUAUACGUAAUUGAAGAACUACAGCAAGAUUUACAAACAUUAAAGAAUGACAUAGACAUGGUCAAAGAAGAGCGCCUGGCUUGGAAAAAAAUGAUUGUUCAACUUCAAAAAGAGGUAGAAUUUAAUUUGCUGCUACUCUGUUUUUUCUCUUUAUCAAUUCUCUGGUCCAUUCUGAUUUUCCACUUCUGAAAAAUAUAUUGUACAAAA